AUGCGUUAUUCCGAAGGUUGGAGACCCCUGAACGUGGCCAUCGUGGGUGGCGGCAUCGGUGGCAUGUCCGCUGCGAUUGCCCUGCGCCGCGCAGGUCACCAGGUCACCAUCUAUGAGAAGAAUGAUUUUGCUGGCGAGGUGGGAGCUUCAGUCUCCUGCGCUGCUAAUGGAACUCGCUGGCUUCACGAGUGGGAUGUUGAUAUUGCCAAGGGUGACCCUGUUGUCCUCAAAAAGCUUAUCAACCGUGACUGGAAGACCGGAGAGCCGGUUAGUGUGUAUGACCUCGCCGAUUAUGAGGAGCGCUGGGGAUAUGUGUACAACAUGUUCCAUCGCCAGAAGAUGCACUUUAUGCUCAAGGAAUCUGCCUUGGCUGAGGAAGGCAAGGGCGUUCCCGCUGUGCUCAAGGUCAACCACCGAUGCUCCAGCAUUGACCUAGAAACCAACAUUAUCGAAUUCGAGAACGGAUACUCCGCCAAGCAUGAUCUGAUUGUCGGUGCUGACGGAAUUGGAUCGGUGGUUCGCGGUAUUGUGGGCAUCACUCCCGAGCGUCGCCCUUCAGACCAGAGCUGCUUGCACGCUAAUGUCGAUGCGGAUGAAGCCGCUAAGCUCGGCCUCGCCAACUACUCAGACGAUAGCGCACUUGAGUACUGGGGCGGACAAGAGGGCAAAUGGGAUAAGAUUGUUCUCUCGCCUUGCAACGGCGGAAAGCUCCUUUCGUACUAUUGCUUCUUCCCUCGUGAGCAGGGCGACAACACCAAUCAGACAUGGGGCGCUGAGGGCCGACCUGUUGAGGACCUCCUGAAGCCUUACCCUGCGCUCGAUCGUCAGGUCUUCAACCACCUUGCCAUCGGCAAGGAAAUCCAGCCCUGGCGCCUCUGGGUUCAUGACCCUUACCCUUACCUGUCCAAGAAAAAUGUCUGUUUGCUGGGAGAUGCCGGUCACCCUAUGAUGCCCCACCAGAGCCAGGGUGCCUGCAUGGCCAUUGAGGAUGCGGCGGCUCUUGGUAUCCUCUUCAGCAAGAAUUCCUUCAAUGGAAAUGUCGAGCAGACUCUUGAGGCAUAUCAGCUCGUUCGCCUUCCACGCGCUACUCGGGUCCAGGCUGCUGCUGCGAAGGCCGCUUACAACAUUAAUGAGCGAAUCGGCUUCUCUUGCAAUAAGAAUACUGCAACUUACAAGGUCGAAGAUCCAAAGAAUAUACUUACUAUUGAGGAGAUGAAUGCCUAUGACAUGUACAGCGAUAUUAACGAGAAACUUGCCCGGAUCGCCGGCAUGGAGUAUGAUGACAACUACGUCUCCGGACUGCCAGUCGGUCUGGAGCUACCCAACGGUGUGACUAUCGGAGCUAAGCUGUGA